AUGAGUCUCCCUACUCUCUUCAAAGUCGAAGAGUUUCUGCGACCUUUUAUGGUCACAAAUCCUGCCGACCGACUCCGGUUCGGCCACAUCACGAUCCCGCCCUACCGGUUUGGCAAGGAGGGUCUGAUUGACUCGGUUCGACGCAUACACGAUGCAUCUCACCACAAGAUGCUGUUUAUCGUCGCUCCCGAUGUGGAGGAGUUGGAGGAUGAUGACAGCAGUGAUCCCUCGGUGACACCGUCUUUCUCUCUACUCUUGGACGCCAUUCGAGUGAACAGAAGCGGCAAUGGAUGGGUGUCUUCCGAGAGUCAAGAUCCACAUGUUGAGUGGAUAGAUAAUAAGUACCUACCGCGGUCUAUCACUCUGAUCUUGUGGCUCGACCCUGAAAUGUCUGCGAACUGUGCUCUGGCUCUGAUUGGCAUUGUCAAAUGGGCUACCCAAGUUUCCCAAACUGACGGUGCCGAUGUCAGUGUGUUGACCAUGGCUGUUGGGAGGGACGACAUACUGUCCAAGGUUGUCUCCCUCAUCUCUCCAUCUUCCAUUGUCACGCAUUUCGACCUGAAUGCAGAGACUCCACAAGAGCCUCUCGCAGGUAGUAUGGUACAUGAAGGACAAAGCCUUGCCACUGUUGCAGGGCAUAUCCUCAAGUCCUUCCGGGCGGCGCCAAAUCACAAGCGCCUCGUCAUUUCAUUCGACUCGGGCCUUCGUCAACAACUGAUGGGCCAGUUUCAGAAUGAGGAAGUACGGUCCUUUGAAUUCAUAUGUAUCAACGUAAAUGCUUCUAGCCUUGCGUUGCAAAACUUCAAACGGCCUCUCAAGGGAUGCUUGACGCGCGUGGUUACCUUCACCUGUGCGGCGUCCCUUUUACCUUUUGAGUUCAAGGAACUCGACGAAGUUCACCUCGUACUGGGGUGCAACAUUCUACGCGACAAGGUUUGGGAUGAUGCCUCUGCCCAGGUGACCACAAAAUCUCGUCCCACCUCGGAAGAAGAGCGUCGGCUCCAGCUCUGGUGGGCUCGCCAGCCUUCUACAAAGGGCAGGUUUGUGUACAUCCCGGCUGCUACGGCCCAAAUCUUUGCCAAGAGCGGGCCUCGACACCAUCUUGUCGAGAACGCUCACAUUGGGGGUUUCGUAGCGUCAGUUAUUGACCUUGUCGCAUGGGGGAUAAAUUAUGAGUCAGUUGGAAGGAUUUUCAUCCGACACAAGCUCAGAUUAUUGGAGAUGAGAGAACGUCUCGCGUAUCAAUGUAUCAUAAAUCUCCAGAAUGACGGCCUUGCUUUGUCCGGGACUGAGGCCGCUAUAUUCAGGGCGAUGUUGAUGUAUUUCGAAUACGAUCACCGUCUCGCUUUGAUGGUUGCCCUUGAUUGCGACCCCAUGGUUCGCGUUGUCAAGGUGUAUAUCGCUGUUCUUUUGAUGCAUGGAGUCACCGAUCUGGUCGAGAUACAAAAGACUCAAUCGGGAGAUCCCAAGAUUCGAAGAACUGUCAUGGAGUUGUGCCAUAGGCUUAGCCCCUCCUUGCGAAACAAAGGAGUUCUGUGGCUUGUCCUUGGCCUUCUUAGCCAUGGCGUGAGACCUGCCACACCAGGUGCCGCGCAGACCCUUGGAGCAGCCAGAGAAGUCCUCUCGUUCGCGCAAUCCAAUCUGGGAAAAAGGACUGAUCUAGUCGACUCGAUUUUGUCUAUAUUGAAUGUGUUAGACAUUGAGCUCGACAUUGAGCUCGACAGGGAUGUGUCAUGGGAGUUUAAUAAGUUGAAUGCGGAUGCAGAGAUACAACUUCAACGCCAUCUGCUCCGUUCUUUCAUUUAUCAACUCACCAUGGUACACUACAACAAGGUUGAUGGGGAGAGAGGACCUGAGCACGGCCAUAACUUCAAACUUUUGAACAAAUUUACAAAUUGUCGUAUGGUAGUGCCAAAGGGCCAGUCUCUGACCACCUUGUUCAAUGCUGCCUUUCUGAUCAAGAAGGGUGACGACGUUGCCUAUGCCAUUGCGCAUGAACUAAGCGCAACUAUGGAUGGCACAAUCUUUGGCAGGUUCUGGACAUCUAUCUCAAGAGAACUUGUCCAAGAGUGGAUGUCUCAGUGGUGCGAAGACAUGAACUAUUUCCACGUCCUCAACACUGGUGUUCAGCAUUCAUAG